UGACGUAAUGAUUUUUUAGUGGAUUUUAUAUUAAAACACCUUUUUUAUAAGUAUUUAGCAAUUUUCAGGUUUCUUAAUUCUUACGAAGCUUUUAUGUGAUAUGAAAAUUUUAAGUUGAAAUGGGCGACGGUAUUAGGAUACCUCAAGACAAGCGUCACAGGAGCUCCAGUAGCCUUGCUGGAGUUCUGGAAGGCGUUCGUUCUGAAAAAAAAUUAGAUGUUCGGGCUUCGAUUCCAGAAGUCGAUGAUCAAUUCGCUUUAGCGGAAGCACGAUGUGAUAGUUUGCAAGAGAAAAUUGAUUUAGUAAAAGUUCUAAAACGGAAAAGGAAAUUGAAAAAGAGAAGUAUGACCACAAUAACGGAACCAGUUUCGACAAUGGCGAACGUACCGCUGAUUACAUUUCGAAGUCGGCCAAAAAAAAAAGUAUCUCAGCAGCCGGAGACUCUCCGACGGCUUGAGACAAAUGCCAGGGCAAAACCUACACGCGGGUAUGUCGAUCCUGAUGUGAUUGAACAGCAACAGAUGUUGAACAGAGUUCACGGGAGCAGGCAGACGAAUCAACAGCAGCAUAGACCGUCAAAGGUAAAGUCGAAUCGGGACGUAGAAAAUGUGGCCCAAACACGGAUGCUUUUACGUCGACCUCCGGCUGAUGGUGACAGUGAGCAAGAAAGUGUGCCCCCAGAGUUAUGCGGCGAAGAUGAGUCAUCCGACGAUAAAUCAUUCAACGAAGCAAAUACAUAUUAUUCGCAAAAAAGAGAUUACCAGAGUCGACCACAAUCCAAGCAAUUGAAGGGAAAACGAAAUAUUAAUGUACCAAAAGCGUCUGGAUCACAAACAGGUACAAGGAUAAGUGAAACAGAGCGGAGGCAAGUCGUGGAGUUGUUUAAAAAUAACGAAGCGCGCAGUCCGCGACAACUGAACAUAAAUAUUGCAAAGGAGAUGAACAAAGUAAAAGACAACGACGCUCUAUAUAAUCACGAAGCGGAGAAUAGACCAAUGGAAAACGUGCCAAUAACAAAUGUCAAGAAACCAAAGGUUAAUAAAAACGUAAAGUACCGCAACCGACACUACGAGUUACCGACGGUGUCAUCAAAAAUGAAGCGAGUAGUUAUUCACUCCUACAACGACAACUUGGCCCAUGCUGCCAUACCUUUCGUCGUCAGCAAGAGUUCCGCACCUUCUCACAACGUUGGCGUUAAUCUUCAGCAGAUUUUAAACGGGCUCAGAGUACAACAGCCGAUAUCGAAAAUACCCCUUACCAUCGCUCACCACAUGGGCCUACGUCACGUUCCCAUGGGCGGAUCUAAAAGCGCCAUCACGUCCCCGACGUUACAGAGCAGUGAAAUGAAUGUUAUCAAGCUCGGACAGAGGUUACUUCAUCUACCAUCGUUCAAGACCAUGUCCUACAGCCGGUUACUGUCGCUCUACCGUGCAGGGAACAGCCUCGUGUCCAGGUUCCUGUGUGCCAACGGACGGCCACAUUACUUCUACACGUCUAUGUGCGACAGCCUUACGACAAAUCAAGAAGAAGUCGUCGCAGCAAAGUCGAAAAGGCGAAGCAGGAGUCAAGGGGAGAAACAGAAUCUAAUUGAAUACGUGGCCCUGUUCAGGGAGUAUGAGCAGGUCGAGAAACGUCUUAAUGAGAACUAUAAUCCUGACCUUGAAAAACAUAAGGAGACCUUGGAAAAGCAACUUACUAAACGCGAAAAGUAUAUUCGAGAGAUAGUUCGAGAUACGGGGGAAGAUCUAAAUGUUGAAGAAUUCAGGGCUACUAUUGCGAAGGAGGAUUAUCAACAUUUAAAGUACGAUUUACUAUCAACACAAACACAAUAACAAAUUAUUUAUUAUGAAUAUGAGAAAUUGUAUGUUAUAUAAAUUAUUAAUUUUGAAUAUUAUUCAUUGAAAAAUAUAUUAAUUACUUUAAUAUCUGACUUGUAAUAAAUGGGACAACUUGUUUUACAUUAGUGAUAUACAAUAUUUCGUUGAUUAAAACAUAGCAGUGAGCUAUAUAUACUUACAAGUUGUUUCUAGUCUUAUGAUAUAUUUUAAUUAUUUAUUAUAUAAAUUGCAAUGAAAUGAAAAAAAAAAAAACAAACGAUAUCUUAUUUAGAUUUUUUUAUAUAGGCGUUUUUGCAAUAUGUAACAAUAAAAAAUAGUACUAUUAG